AUGGAAAGUGGCCAAAAAGCUGGAUUGACGUUUAAGCAGAUAAUAAUUCUAAUCAUAUACAUAGUGGUGUUUGUGCUUGGCACAGUUGGCAAUGCACUGGUCAUUUUUGUGACUGGCUACAAGAUGAAGAGAACUGUGAAUUCCAUCUGGUUUCUCAACUUGGCCUUGGCAGACUUCCUCUUCAUGUCUUUUCUGAUCCUGAACAUCAUCUCUAUCUCUCAGAAUUAUAACUGGCCCUUUGGCCUUUUUAUGUGCAAGUCCAACACCUUAAUUUCAGUGCUUAAUAUGUUUGCAAGCAUUUUUCUGCUGGCCACCAUCAGUCUGGACCGCUGCCUUUUGACAUGGUUAACUGUGUGGACCCAGAACCAUCGCACCCCAUUUAAAGCAUGGAUAACAUGCUUGUUUAUAUGGGUGGCAGCCGUAGCCUUUAGCAUCCCUUUUGCCACUUAUCGCGAAGUGGUUGUAAAACAAAUCACAUUUUGUGGCACCAUUGCCCCAAAAAGUGUGAAAAUAACUUUGGCCAUGUUACGAUUUACAGUGGGCUUCCUUAUUCCUUUCAUUGUCAUUAUUUGUUCAUACAUAGCAAUUGGAGUGAAAGUUUUAAGGCUACAGCGCGACAAAAAGCUCCGGCCCUUCAAAAUCAUCCUGACUGUGAUCCUCGCCUUUUUUUUGUGCUGGCUCCCAUUUCACAUCCAACAGUUAAGCCUUGUCUUAGGAAAGUGGAAUGAAGAUAAAGCAAAAGCACUUGCAUCUGCGACUCCCUUCACUGUGAUCCUGGCAUACCUAAACAGCUGCCUGAAUCCAAUUCUGUACAUGUUUAUGUGUGAUCAGUUUAAAACAAAGCUCAGACAGUCCUUGCUGCUGGUGCUGGAGAAUGCUUUUGCCGAGGAGCACUUUUCCUUUCUCAGCCAUCGCCAUUCCAUCAGCUCUCACCAUACUGAAAAUCAGACAGAAACAAAAACAAAAAUAAUAACUGUUUUCCCCGUCACCCCUUUAGAUGGAACUACAUCUACAGAGAACUAA